AAAAUUAUUAUGGCACAUUGAUUGUUGUUCUUCCAAUUCAAUCUGACUUCUUUGUCCUUACCACAGUUAUGUCCAAGCUAUUCAUCACCACCGUAUCAGGGUGGUGGGGAAGCGGCAAUGCAGACGUAGAGCUAGCAACCACCAUUCUCAUAAUCACCUUACUUUCUGUAUUGCUGCUUGUAUGGAUGUUAACAUCGAAAGUUUCCGGCCCACCACUGCCACCCGGCCCACGACCUUUACCACUCGUCGGAAACCUAUUAUCUCUCGAACCCGAACUCCACACCUACUUUGCCGCAGUAGCUAAAACAUACGGCCCGAUUUCGAGGCUCUGGCUCGGUAAAAAACUGGGUAUUCUUAUCACUUCUCCAGAGUUGGCCCGUGAGGUGCUGAAACUAAACGAUACAAUCUUUGCCAACCGAGACGUUCCAGUUGCAGGGAUGGAGGCAUCAUACGGUGGAAACGACGUCGUUUGGACCCCUUACGGCGAUCAAUGGCGGAUGUUAAGAAAGAUUUGCGUUCGUGAAAUGCUUGGCAACCAAGUUUUGGAUUCGGUUUAUUCUCUACGCCGGAAAGAGGUAAGGAACACCGUGAAAUACUUGUAUAAUAAUGUCGGGUCUCCGGUGAACAUUGGGGAACAGAUGUUUUUGACGAUGUUGAAUGUGGUUACCGGCAUGAUGUGGGGUAGCACCGUGAAGUCGGAAGAUAGGGAAAGAGUAGGAGCAGAGUUUCGGCAACUGAUUGGUGAGAUGACUGGAUACUUUGCGAUGCCAAAUUUAUCGGACUUUUAUCCGGGUUUGGCACGGUUUGAUCUGCAAGGAGUUAAAAAGAAUAUGAAAGUGUUGGCGAAGAGAUUUGAUGGGAUUUUUGAGACGAUGAUCGAGCAAAGGAGGAAAAUGAGUGGAGAUGAAAAUAAAGAUUUUUUGCAGUUUUUGUUGCAGCUCAAAGACCGUGGAGAUUCCAAUCCACCAUUCACCAUCGCUCAUCUAAAAGCCUUGCUUAUGGAUAUGGUGGCUGGUGGGACGGAUACAACCUCAAAUACAAUCGAGUUUGCCUUGGCCGAGAUGAUGAGCCACCCUGAAAUUCUAGAAAAAGCACAACAAGAAUUAGAGAGGGUCGUCGGGAAAGACAACGUAGUCGAAGAAUCCCACGUUAACAAUCUACCCUACCUAUAUGCUAUCAUGAAAGAAACUCUUCGAUUGCAUGCUAUACUUCCGCUCUUGGUCCCUCAUUGUCCGAGUGAGUCAUGUGUCAUUGGCGGCUACACCGUACCCAAAGGCGCUCGGGUGUUUGUGAAUGUAUGGGCAAUACAGAGAGACCCUACAAUUUGGGAAAACCCAUUGGAAUUUCAACCUGAAAGGUUCUUGGAUGGGAAGUGGGAUCACACUGGUAAUGACUUCCGUUAUAUCCCGUUUGGGUCUGGGCGAAGGAUUUGUGCAGGGACUGCCAUGGCAGAGCGGAUGGUUAUGUUUUUACUUGGAUCCGUUAUUCAUUCAUUUGAUUGGAAAUUGGGCGAGGGAGAAAAACUUGAUCUAUCUGAAAAGUUUGGCAUUGUGUUGAAAAAGAAAGUUGCUCUCAUUGCAAUCCCCACACCAAGAUUGACAACCUCCACACUGUACGACUAAUGAUUUUGAUGGUGAUGGUGAUGGUGAUGUGUUAUAUUUCGUAACCACAAAUAUUCUGGGAAUUUUCAAAACUUUACCUAUAUGUACGGGCACUAUAAAUGUAACAAAAGUGACAAACUACAAUUAUCAUGUGAUUGUACGUCACAAUUAUUAUUAUUAUUAUUAUUAUUAUUAUUAUUAUUAUUAUUAUUAUUA